AUGACGACCGAGACUGCCUCGCUUUCGAAUCUGCGUCAGACCUACGACUACCUCGUCGUGGGCGGAGGAACUGCGGGCCUGGUCGUCGCUAAUCGACUGACCGAAGAUCCUACUGUGAGCGUGCGGGUGCUGGAGGCAGGCGGUAAUUGCGUUGAUGACCGCGAAUUGCGCCUUCACCCCACCUUCGACCCGCAGCUGCUGGCGCAUCCGCUGGACUUCAAGCUGCAGGCGCGUCAUGUCCGCUGGAUGGAGACCCUGGCGGCGACGGAGCCGAUGGCCUCGCUGCUGAAGCCCAACGGCCGGCGACUGCACCAUCCGGAGCGGGUGGGCGACCUGGCGACGGCGCGGAGGCUGACGCGGGACCGCAUCGUGGCCCAUUACCAUGGGGUCGGGACCACGGCCAUGCUGCUGCAGGCGAUCGGGGGCGUGGUGGAUGACAAGCCGAGGGUGUACGGGUGUCGCAAUCUGCGCGUGGUUGCUGCAGGGGUCAUCCCUCUGAUCCCGCGGGGAAACAUCCAGGCCACGGUUUUUGCGGUGGCUGAGAAGGCUGCAGACAUCAUCAAGGAAAGUCGACAAUAG